GUCCCCUUGCUUGUACUAUUGACAAUACCAGUCAUGACUGCUGCGCGCGACCCAUCGCUCAUCUCGAUCACGCCGGUCCCGGCCGACGCCGACUCGACGCCUGCCAUGCAGCGCAUCACCGAGUGGAACCCGCGCUUCGGCGACGACAAGGAUCCGGAAGAGGAGCUCAACGAGCAGCUCGCCAAGCGCAAGAAGAUUUUGACGCUCUUGGGCGCCGGUGUCCUUGUCGUCGGCGCUUGCAUCGGCGUCGUCGUGGGUGCUAGCUCGGGCACGUCGGCGGCUGAUACGAGCAGCGGCUACGUUGCCAACAGCACGCCAGCGCCUACGGUUCCGGGCGAAGUCGCUGUCGGCUCGACCGGCACGACGACGUCCGAGAACCUGACGCCUGUCGACAACGGCCACUUGGACUCGGAUCUGACCGCGGGCUCGCUCAGCAACUUUACGCUCAUUAGCCACAACUUGACCGAAACGACCGAGGUCACGCCUGAGCCGACGACCGAGGUGCCGACGCCGUCGCCGACUCCGGAACCGACGCCGGAACCGACACCAGCGCCGACGCCCGCCCCGACGCCUGCCCCGACGCCGGCGCCGACGCCCGCCCCGACGCCGGCGCCGACGACGAAGGCGCCCUUCAACAAAGGCUCGCUCCGCUUCUACAACAACUGUGGCAAGCGCAUCGAAAUGAUGUACACGUUCCGUCGCGGCAAGUCCCACAGCGACUACUACCAGUGGAUGGACGCGGGCUCGUCCUUCGACGUUCAAAGCGACCAGUUUGACGGGUCGACGUUCCGCAUUGGCCGGUCCCCCGAGGCUACGCUCUUUGAGGCCUCGCGCGACAAUGGCAAGCUCUGGCACGACAUUAGCGUGAUCCCGCCGGACUGCGGCAACGGUCGCUCGUGGGAAGAGUGCUCCAAGGGCGGCAAGGUCAAGGGUUUUAACGUCGCUGUGAGCGUCGAGCGCCAGGACUUGGUGCCAGUGGGUGCCUACAACUGCCCCAAGCUGCUCAACUGCCAGUGGGAAAAAUGCGCGGAGGCCUACUUGUUUCCGUUCGAUGACAUCCACACCAAGAGCUGCAGCAAGGACGAAGCGCUCCUUAUCACGUGGUGCGCGAGCCCCCACCCCGCGACGCAGAUGUAA